AUACAAAUCGUACUCAUCAACCGCAGACACACCUACAACCGUGACUUCAAUCAACUAUUCUAAAACUCUACACUCCCUUUUCACGCCCUAGUCUCACAGGUAUAAUAUAUAUAUAUACACACAUAUAACACCUACUAGUAGAUAACAAGAGCAACAAACAUCAUCCCAACAAGUCAACAAUGGCAGUAGAAUUCCUGGAGACUCUAGAACAAUCCAUAACCGCCUACACCGGACUCUCUCCCAACACCUUCUUCACCGUAAUCGCCGCCGGUAUCGCCGUCUACUACAUCUUCUCCGUUUUGUUCGGAGGAUCCUCCGAUCACCACCAACACCGGCCAAGAUCUUUCGAAGAAGAUGUGCAGCCUCUUCCGCCACCGGUCCAGCUCGGCGAGAUCUCCGAAGAGGAGCUGAAAGCCUACGACGGCACCGAUCCCCAAAAACCUCUUCUUAUGGCCAUCAAAAGCCAGAUCUAUGAUGUCUCACAAAGCAGGAUGUUUUACGGGCCAGGUGGGCCAUAUGCACUGUUUGCCGGAAAAGAUGCUAGCAGGGCUCUUGCAAAAAUGUCAUUCGAGGAAAAAGAUUUGAACGGUGAUCUCACUGGUCUUGGUGCAUUCGAGCUUGACGCAUUGCAAGAUUGGGAAUACAAGUUCAUGAGCAAGUACGUCAAAGUUGGAACCAUUAAGAAACCCGAAGGUGCACCCGAGGCAUCAACUGCAGCCGAGCCCACCGAGUCAACUGCAGCCGAACCCACUGAGCCAACCGCAGCUGCUGCUCAUGCUGCAGAGUCUACAGAGCCCACAGAAGCGAAAGAGGAAAAGGAAGAAGCUUCAACCGUAGUGGAAGCUGGCAAGGAUGAUUAGAAUAAUAUGAGGGUUAUAACUUCUAUAAUUAAGCAUAAAUCAAUGACUCUUAAUAAUUGUACUCAUUUGAUAUUUCUGGUAUUUGAGUAAUGUGGCUUUUAUGCGGAAUUGUGAUCUU